AUGGAUAUUUCAAAAUCUGUUUCUUUACGUCUUCUUGGUCAAUUUUAUCGAUUUAUUUUAUCAUUACGUGAUGUUUUAAGAUAUCGUUUUAAAAAUUAUGAUCAAGAAUGGUUAAAGAAAAUAGAAAAUUUGCCGAAAUUAUCUUCACUUUUAGAUGAUUGUAUUGUGUGUUUUAAUGAUAUACAUAAAAUAGCACCUCUUGAGCCUACUAUUAUUACAAUAGUAUCAUCUCAAACAGAAAUUGUUAAUUCUGUUAUUCGGAGGAUUUUUAUAAGGUCUCGAGGCAAGCCUACAAAUAUUAUUUCUCAGGGCUAUAGAAGAGGCAGUGAUACUAUACAAACUGCUACUGCAGGUGCAUUUGGAGAUGCUAUUGUGAAUUAUUUUCCAAAUAAUCAUGUUACGUUUCUUAGAUCAGAUAACUGGGAAACACUUUUGCAAUUUGUUGGUGAUAGAUUUAUGGUUGAUCUCUUACUUGAAACAAGUAUGUUUAUGGCAUUACCUCGAGAUAAUUACUUUCAGUUUUGUGGAAUUCCAUUACAUGAGGUUAGUUCUCUUACAAACCUUAAAAGAAGUUGUUCUUUUUUUGAGAGAAAUUGUAUUAAAAAAUCUAAAUCUGUAUCUUUUUCUAUGCAGUAUGAAAACUCUAAACAAUCUUUUGAAGCAAACAAAUUGGAUGGAAUUACAUUGACAAAUAUGGUGCCACGAGAAGACUCUUUGGUUAAUAUGCAGGAAUUUAAACGUUCAUAUAAUGAGAUUAUGAUAAUACGUUCCAGGAUAUUUUACGCUCGACCAGUAUAUAAUUCACGUAACAAAAUUUUGUUUGGAUUUCCUCGUAUUCAUCUAUUAAGUCGCUAUAAUGAUCCGGAUAAUUUAUUUCAUUCUAUUUCUCUUUUAAUUCAUAUUUUUCCGCGUCAAUUUCGUCUACAUAAUAUUUUUACAUCUAUUACUGAUAAAAAGGAUAUUAUUCAAUCUUUAAAAGAUUAUACAAUAAAAGAAGAGAUUUAUGGUUUACUUCGCGAUAGAAAUAAAAAGAUAUCAAUUCCUAAAAGAUUAAGAAAAUUCUUAAAAAUCAUUCCAAUUUUACAAAAACGGCAUAAAUUAUGUUUUUAUAAAACUAUGUUGGAUCAUUACUGUCCCAUUAAAGAAUGUUCAAAUUUGAAUAUUUUGACAACUAAAUGGGAUUAUACUGGUAAUUAUCACGUCCUUCAUAAAUUAGAACAAUCUUCUAUAGAGUUUAAUUCUUUCUCGUUAAAAACAUUGAAUAAUAAUUCUAAUCAAAAAGAUGACCAAAUGAAUAUUAAUUUUAUUAAGUUAGCAACUCCUUAUUCUCAUGUUUCGUGUUUUUUAAGAGCUGUAAUGAAGCGAAUAAUUCCAAAAGAAUUUUAUGGCUCUGAUUGCAAUUUUGAAAAUAUUCUCAAUAGUAUAAAUAUGUUUGUUCGAAUGCGAAGAUUUGAAUCUAUAUCUCUUCAUGAUUUGAUGCAUUGUUUGAAAAUAAAAACAGUUUCCUGGCUUGAAAAAAGUAAUAAUUGUCGUAUGUCUUUAUCGGAUUUUCAGAAAAGAGUUAGCAUAUUUUCUGAACUUAUAUAUUGGACAUUUGAUUCCCUUCUAAUUCCUUUGAUUCGUUCUCAUUUUUAUGUUACUGAAAGUAGUGUUUAUCGGAAUAAAGUUUUAUAUUUCAGGCACGAUGUAUGGAAAAGUCUGUCAGAACCUCAUUUAUGUCGUAUUAAAUCUUUGAUGUUUGAUGAUUCGUCUUUGAUAAACUUAAAAGAAGUUAAUAGCGAUUUUUAUUUAGGAUAUUCAUAUAUACGGCUUCUUCCAAAAGAGACUGGAGUAAGACCUAUAGUGAAUUUAAGAAGAAAACAGAUUAGAAUACGAUAUAAAAAAAUUAUUUCAAUGCCAAGUAUUAAUUCUAUGGUAAAUACUGUAUUUUAUGUAUUAACAUUUGAAAGAGAAAGAAGUCCUAAUUGUUUAGGGUCAUCUUUAUUUUCAAUUAAUGAUAUUUAUAAAAAUAUUAAAAUGUUUAAAAAAUACAUUAAUAACAAUUGCUUGCAAAAGAAAAAACUUUAUUUUGUAAAAGUCGAUGUUAAAAAUUGUUUUGAUACUAUUGAUCAAGAUAAGGUUCUAGAAUUGGCUAUUAAUAUUUUGCAAGAAGAUGAAUAUAUUUUAAGAAGAUUUGUCUUAAUUACAUCAAAUUUUGGAAAAUUUAGCAAAAAAUUUAUUUCUAGAGCUGGUUCUUCAGAUGAUUUAUGUCAUUUUAAAAAGUUUGCGGAUGAUAUUAGUCAUAUAUAUCGUCAUUCUAUUAUUGUUGAUCAAGUUGUUCACUCGUUUAAAGAUAAAGAUGAUAUAAUUAAACUUUUACGUAAACAUGUUAAGGGGAAUUUAAUUAAAAUAGGAAAGAAAUUUUAUAAACAAGUAAAAGGAAUUCCUCAAGGAUCGAUUUUGUCUACGAUGCUUAGUGCAUGUUUCUAUGGAAAUUUAGAAAAGAAUUGCUUAAAAUUUAUUCAACAGCCGGAUACCAUUUUAUUAAGGUUUGUUGAUGAUUUUCUUUUAAUAUCUUUGGAUAAAACUAUCGCUAAGAGAUUUUUGGAGUGUAUGCAUAAAGGAUAUCCUCAAUAUAAUUGCUAUGUUAAUCCGGAUAAGAGCCUUGUAAAUUUUGAAGUAAGUGUAAACGGAUUCAAAGUAAAUCGUUUAUUAGGAUCUCGUGAAUUUCCAUAUUGUGGAAAUUUAAUAAAUAUAGAGACUCUUGAUGUUAAAAAAGAUUAUUCUAGGUUAUCUGGAAGAGAUAUUGAUGAUACAUUAACAAUAGAAUAUUCCCAUAAUCCUGGAAAUGCUAUAUUAAUUAAAUCAUUUCAGUCGUUGAAAUUAAAUGCUCAUCCAUUAUUUAUAGAUACGGAUCUUAAUUCCUAUUAUACUGUUUUAUUAAAUAUAUAUAAUUCAUUUAUUUUUUGUGCUAUGAAAAUGCAUAGAUAUAUUAAAGUAAUGAAAGGGCAAAAGCCAAGUCAAAAUAGAAUAUUGAUGUUUAUUGAAGAAUGUUCAAAUUUUAUGUUAUCAUAUAUUAAAAGUAGAGAAUUAACCAUUUCACAUGCUAAAUGUUCUGUUAAUCCUGGUCAUGUAAAAUGGUAACUAUAUUUGUAUCACAAUAAUUUUUUAAGCAUAGUAAGGCUUGCAC